CAGUGAUAUACUUUAUCAUUGUUUGAAAGGUUCUUUUACUUUUUAUUUCUUAUCUAUAUGUUCAUGUAACCUUUUCAUUGGCACUGAACAGAAACUGAUCAUUAUUUAUAUACAAAUUUAGGAUAUGCCAUCAUAUAAUGCAUUCCAACAAAGAGCAUUUUAAAUUCCAUAAUGAAAAUUUAAAUCACUGAGACGUAACAGGAAUCAAACACACAUCCUGCUUAUACAUGUUAGGGUUAGAGUUUCCAGACAACAGGAAUCAAACACACAUCCUGCUUAUACAUGUGAGGGUUAGAGUUUCCACACGACAUGAAUCAUUCUUAAAGUGACCUCCAUUCUUUACUGCCUCUGACUCUAUGCAUGCUCCUUUGGUAUGUCUGUGUGACUUCACAUCCUGUAUAAUUUCUAAUGCCUCUUGGAUGACGGUCUCUGUAGCCUCCUAAACCUUCCUGCCCUGCCUCACCACCUUUGUGCCCAGACUUCUAUUAAUAGUGGCCUGGAAGUGGCCAGACCUCAUUACCCAGGAGAGCUUGUUAAAACAUCAACAGCCGACACAAGGCAAUGGAGCCACACAUAUUAAUUACCGUCCCGUCAGGCUGUCAUUUAUAACCUGACCCUCGUGUCACAUGUCAUGCAGAAUAACCUUUUGAGAAGACUGCACACUCACUCUGCUCCACCUCAUGUGAGGAGUAUUUCCAAUCCCUUUCCUCCUCAGAGUGCCUAAGUGGAUUUGUGUGCUCAGUAAAUAUCUGUGGUCUUUCCCUCAAUCCUCUGCCUCAUUAGAGUCCUAACCUGCAGAGAAACCGACCAUCUUGUUGCCCUAGAGUCUGGCACAGAGUCCUAACCUGCAGAAGCACAGACCACCUCACUGUUCUCCAGUUUGACACAGAGUCCUAACCCACAGAGGCACAGACCACACCACUGUCCUUCAGUCUGGCACAGAAUCUUAACCUGCAGAGGCACAGACCACCUCACUGUCCUCCAGUUUGACACAGAGUCCUAACCCACAGAGGCACAGACCACACCACUGUCCUUCAGUCUGGCACAAAAUCUUAACCUGCAGAGGCACAGACCACCUCGCUGUCCCCCAGUCUGACACAAAGUCCUAACCCACAGAGGCACAGACCACCUUGCUGUCCUCCAUUCUGACACAGAGUCCUAACCCACAGAGGCACAGACCACUCCACUGUCCUUCAGUCUGGCACAGAAUCCUAACCCACAGAGGCACAGACCACCUCGCUGUCCUCCAGUCUGACACAGAGUCCUAACCCACAGAGGCACAGACCACCUCGCUGUCCUCCAGUCUGACACAGAGUCCUAACCCACAGAGGCACAGACCACCUCGCUGUCCUUCAGUCCCCUUUGAGAUUUCUCUGCGUAGCAGCUCUAUACGUAAGCAAAAGGGUGAUUCUGUCUGAAUGAUACAUUUUGCUGGCUCUGAGCUAAGCACGAGACAUAAAUGUGUAAUACUUUUUGGUCUCAUUCGCUCUGUUUCAUUGUAACCUUUGUGUGAUUUUUAAGUGUCCUGCUUGACAUCUUGUCAUUUAUUUAUUCUAGUUAGAUCAAAUUUGAAUAAAGCCUGUUUUUACGGACAGUAACAAAUAUGAGGUCAUAUGAGGAGCAUGAAGAUUCUUAACUCCUUCAAUAAAGGCAAUGAAUGUAGUACUUCUGGGGAAAAAAAUCUAGUAUUCUGAAAAUGAAGACCACAGAAAACAACUUGGUGCUUACUGAUAGCAGCGGGGGUGUUAACCAUGAUGAUCAUGUGACUGGGAGAAGUGAGAGGAGGGUCCAUGCAGAUGAGUGAAGCGCACAGCACACGAACUGGCAGCCGGAUGUCUGCUGUUUUGUCACCAUCAGCAGAAGGCUGGUUGCUGGUAGCAGUCUAUGGCAUACACUGGAUCCUCUGGUAGCAGUCUAUGGCAUACACUGGAUCCUCUGGUAGCAGUCUAUGGCAUACACUGGAUCCUCUGGUAGCAGUCUAUGGCAUACACUGGAUCUUGUCUGUGAUCUUGUGAAUCAUGAAGUCAUCAAAAUUACAUUACAGCUUCGAUGUGGAGAAUGGGAUCUCGGCCAGCCGCAGCCCGCUGGAUCCCCAAGCGAGCCCGGGCUCCGGCCUCAUCCUGCAGGCCAAUUUCCCGCACAGCCAGCGCCGCGAGUCCUUCCUGUACCGCUCCGACUCCGACUUCGACCUGUCUCCCAAGGCCAUGUCCCGGAACUCCUCCUCUGCUAGCGAGCUGCAUGGAGAAGACAUGAUUGUAACACCAUUCGCACAGGUCCUUGCGAGCUUACGGACAGUGAGGAGCAACUUUGCUGUGCUAACGCACCUGCAGGAUCGUGUAGCCAGCAAGAGGUCGUCGGCCAAUAACCCUGCAUCCAUGUGCAAAGCAAACCUGCCAGAGGAGGCCUACCAGAAGCUGGCCGUCGAGACGCUGGAGGAGCUGGACUGGUGUCUUGACCAGCUGGAGACCCUACAGACACGGCACUCUGUCAGCGAGAUGGCCUCAAACAAGUUUAAGCGGAUGUUGAAUCGAGAGCUAACCCAGCUGUCAGAAACAAGCCGCUCAGGGAUCCAGGUCUCCGAGUACAUCUCCAGCACCUUUCUGGAAAAGCAGCACGAUGUGGAGAUCAUGUCCCCGUCCCCUAAGGACAAGGACAAGAAGAAGCGCCCCAUGUCUCAGAUCAGCGGUGUGAAGAAGCCAGCUCACAGCCCCAGUGUGGCCGCCUGCACGAUUCCGCGUUUUGGUGUCACCACAGACCAGGAGGCUUCGCUGGCCAAGGAAUUAGAAGAUAUCAACCGAUGGGGCCUAGAUACCUUCAAGAUAUCAGAGUAUUCUAGCAAUCGUCCUUUGACUGUAGUCAUGUACUCCAUCUUCCAGGAAAGAGAUCUGCUGAAGUCGUUCAAGAUGCCAGUAGACACUUUCAUCACGUUCAUGAUGACGCUUGAGGACCAUUACCAUACUGACGUGGCCUACCAUAACAACAUCCAUGCUGCAGACGUGGUCCAGUCCACCCACGUCCUCCUCUCCACUCCAGCACUUGAGGCCGUUUUCACUGACCUUGAAAUCCUGGCUGCCCUCUUUGCCAGCGCCAUCCAUGACGUAGAUCACCCAGGCUUAUCCAACCAGUUCCUCAUCAACACAAACUCAGAGCUGGCACUGAUGUACAAUGACGCCUCCGUCCUGGAGAACCACCACCUGGCUGUUGGGUUCAAGCUGUUGCAAGAGGAAAACUGUGACAUAUUCCAAAACCUCAGCAAGAAGCAGAGACAGUCGCUGCGCAAGAUGGUCAUUGACAUGGUCUUGGCUACUGACAUGUCCAAACACAUGAACUUGCUGGCAGACUUGAAGACCAUGGUGGAGACAAAGAAGGUGACGAGUCUAGGAGUGCUGCUCCUAGACAACUACUCUGACCGUAUUCAGGUUCUCCAGAACAUGGUGCACUGUGCUGACCUCGGCAACCCUACCAAGCCCCUGGAGCUGUACCGGCAGUGGACCGACCGCAUCAUGGUGGAGUUCUUCACCCAGGGAGACAGGGAGAGGGAGAAGCACAUGGAGAUCAGUCCCAUGUGUGACAGACACAAUGCUUCCAUUGAGAAAUCCCAGGUUGGGUUCAUUGACUACAUCGUGCACCCUUUGUGGGAGACGUGGGCGGACCUGGUGCACCCAGAUGCCCAGGAGAUCCUGGACACGCUGGAGGACAACCGAGAGUGGUACCAGAGCAUGAUCCCACACAGUCCGUCCCCCCAGCCCGAGGACCAGGACACGGAGGACAAGGCAGCUGCCGCGGAGACUGGGGGGGGAAGCAGCGCCUCUGCUGGAGAGAAGUUCCAGUUUGAACUGACCUUAGAAGAAGAGGAGGAAUCAGACAGAGAGGGCCGUCCUGAAGACGAGGAGAUGGUAGCUGUCGGCAGUGGGCCAUCCAGAACUUCUCCAGACAGCCAAGCCUUGUCCCCUGACCCUCAUAGCAGGCCUCCAACAGGCCCCCCACCGGAGGAUGCCGCCCUCUGAGGCAGAUGUGGGGGACGCAGAAAGAGAACAGGAGCCGGAAGGAAGCAGUGUGCCGGGUUCACAGCCAAAGACAUAGUACUGGUCUUCAGGCACCAGGGCUGGAUUCUUUGCUCCAGACUGUGAGGGAUUCUUUGCUCGUCCUGCAGAGGAGAUCGGUGCCAUGGAGGAGGGAUGGCAAGGAUGAGCUUCCACGCCAAACUCAGUCAAGAGUAGCCUUACGCUGGAGGUGCCUCAGAGGAGAGCCCUCUAUUUUAACCAGGAACAGAGAUGUCCUUUUUCAAUUAGAGGGUCUUUUUAAAUACCCUUUUCAUAAAUAUAUAAAUAUUUGGGGGGGGGGGGUGUCUUGGACACAGACUGCUGUAUUUGGCUGUUGGUUUGUUCAUUCACUGAAGCUUAAAUCAGUCACACUAAGGUCUACUGACAGAGGAAGAAUGGAUUCUGCUGAAAAAAGUCUUCCUUUAAAAGAUUUCAUGGCGUUUGUAGGAGAGAAAAGCAUUGGUUAUUGUCAUACAGUUUGCUGUGGAAGAAAGUGACUUUGACUGAAUUUCCAUAUUUUUUAUUUGUUUCAGACUAACUGUAUAUAUUAGUGAAAAGCAACUACAUUUUACCAAAUAUGUACUAAAACAGAGAAAAAAAAACAUGUCACUAACCUCAGGGUAUGAAGAAAAGAAUAGAUUUCAAUGUAGCAAGGAUGUCUGGGUAGCCUUUUACCCUGUUCCCUGUGCAGUGCUCCUACUGGAGUACAGUAUCAGAGGAAAAACGAAAAAAAAGCCUGAUCCAUUUUGUGUGUCUGGCGCCCUCUAUUGUUCAUUAUUUAUCAUUAUUUCAUUUGUAAAGUCUCCCACUGUAUAUUUGUCAAUACAUUCAUUACGGGGCUUUAUCACUAAAAUAUUAUUAUACAGUGUAAUAUUUUUCAACAUUACUGUUCUAGAAGAUUUGAGAAACACUUUUUGUAUGCUUUUAUGUAAAUCCUUGUCCUAUUUGUCAGACUGUAGAUAAUUUAGUUUUAUUGUAAAACUGUAUCUGGACCUUUCUGUAUGUAAACGUGUCAGUGUGCCGCCCGCGCUCCAACAUCCAGCUGCGGCUGCGGUCGGUGCCCCGUCGCCGUUUGCCAGUGAGCGCGGCGGUGGCAGUACAGGCGGCUGAGUUCCCCGUCGCCGUUUGCCAGUGAGUGCCCGGCAGCACUGCAGAGAGGGGGGGGGCAACCUGCAGCGCUCUCCAGAUCCGAAACCAAAGCUGUUCGGACUUGAAGAUCAAAACGGUUCUUCAGGUGCUUUUUGCGUGUUUUCAAGCACUUUGAGAAGUGCCGUGUGUCAGUUACACGUAUGAACUGUCAGUACAGAAGUCUUAUUGUACACAAACUGAAUGUGUGCCGGAAGUUACAGAACGUGUGCCAACAUUUUUGUUCUGUUUGGUAGCAAUUCUGCUUUAUAUUCUGAUUUCACAAGAGUCUAGCUGCCAAUUAGAUUUUUACCUUAUCAAUAAUGUGUUUCACAGCAGAGAUUUUAUAAGCCAUUCCUCCCAUAGCGAAUACUAUCACAUAUAUCUGUGCGUUUUUUAUGUUUUUAAGUUAAUAUACUGAUGUUCAGUCUUGGGGAUAAUAGAAAUUAGAUCACUGUGAAUCAGGCAUAAAUAUGACUGAUAAAAACUUUUGUGCAGAAAGAAUUCUAAAUAAAAGUCACUGUAAAACAGUGCAGGUUAUUGUGAAUAUGAGUUAAAAUUAAAAUGGAUUGAAAUGUAAAGCGCCUUAGUAACUGACCUGUGUAACUGACCAAUCACAACUGUCGAUACUGUAGCUUUUGUGUAAAAAUCUUUGUCCUUCCGUGUCUCUUAAUGUCAUUGUUGCCAUUGUGCAGCGUUUCCAGCAUGGAUUUACCAGAAAACACUAACAUGACAUCCUUAUACGCUCAAAACCCAGCCUUAUAAAGGCUGAUAUCCACCUCAGACUCAGAUCUUACACUGCAGUGUUCCAUCCAGUGGGCAGCCCGGAAUGAACUGUCACACCUGAAAUUUCAGAGCCUUAAAUUUCACUGAAGGGAAACCCUUCUCCAGGAGAGCUGCAGUUUUCCAGUGCCAUGCAGUUUGUGAGUCCUGACACUUAACAUGUGUCCUGGUUUAUCAUCUUUACGAGUACAGCAGCGUUGCCAUUACAGUACAUCCCACUGUCUUCGUACCUGUAAGCCGUUCCUGUUUCCUGUUGUGCCGUUUACUCUUUGUCUGAGGUACUGUACAUAGAUCACAUGUUUCCCGUAUCUUGGAGUGUAGCUUUUGAAGAAAAACAAGGAAUAUAAUAUAACCAGUACCCCUUUAGUGUGUGCUCUGCUGGUUUUCACGCUGAACCACUAGGUGGCGCAUAAACAAAUAUGUUCUAACGACACAUGCAUUUUAUUGUUUUGCAUUUUCAAUCACCUUUUUCUUUAAGUUUCAUAUAAAGGGAGGCAUUGAGAGUAAAGCCAAAGGAGAGGCUGAAGUCACCGUGUUUUUAUGUGGGCUGAGCCGGUCGAGCACACGUUGAAUUGUUAACAGCCACCAGAGCAGACGCUAAAGUGGGACCAGAUAACCAUUCUGACAUGCUCAGUUGUCCACAUUUUCGUCUAUGACUCCAAAAUUCAGGUUCUUAUAGACUAAACAUAUAAAUCAAUAAAACUAUUAAGUCAUCCUUAUUGCUUUCAUUUCUGAGGUAUUUUAUUUGUUUUUGGUGCAUCCAAAUGCCAAUGUUUACUACUGAUAUGUAACUUCUGUCUAUGUAAAUCACGUUGUCAAUGUCAUUAAAAGAAAAGUCAUUCUGGAA